AUGGCUGCUCUCGUAACGCAACGGUGCAACGGGUUUGCCCGCUCCCUUACCCGCAUUCUGGUCCUGUCGACCCCGUCGUCGUCGUCCUCUGUCCGGGCCGCCUCGACCAAGCACCCGUUCCAGGGCAACGAUGGGUCAUCGAAGGGUUCCAGCCCUACCGGCCACCUCACGAUGAACAGCGGCAGCAAACAGCUGUCCGUGGCCGACAUUAAGAAAAUCCCGGAUGAGGAGGUGAAGAAGUCCGUCUUCAUCUCGCAGUCGAACGAUGUGUUCACCAAUCUGGCGCUGGAGGAUUGGAUCUAUCGGAACUUUGAUCUGACAAACCACCACAUCCUGAUGCUGUGGAUCAACCGACCGACGGUGGUGAUCGGAAGGCAUCAGAACCCGUUCGCCGAAACGAACGUGUCAGCCCUGGCCCGGAACGGUAUUGAGCUGGCCCGGCGUAACAGUGGCGGCGGUGCCGUUUACCAUGAUCCCGGUAACCUCAACUGUACCUUCUUCAUGCCACGGGCCCGCUACGAUCGCAAGUACAAUCUGAAUCUGCUGACGCGUGCCAUGUACCGGGAGUACGGGAUCAAUGCGGAACUUUCGGCUCGUGAUGACAUCGUGCUGCUGGGCAAGAAGAUAUCAGGCACGGCAGCAAAACUGGGCCAACCGAACGCUUAUCAUCACUGUACGCUCCUCGUAAACUCCAACAAACUCCACCUUGGAGCAUCCCUCGCCAAAGAUGACGUUGAAAUAACAAGCAAGGCUACAUCUUCUGUUCCAUCGCCCAUUAAGAAUCUAGUCGACGUGAACCGUACGGUCAACAUCCAGCAGCUACUUUCGGCUAUCGGCUAUGAGUUUCUGAGAACACCCGCCACUCAGCUGACCGAUGGUGGCCGCGAUCUGCUGAUGAAGCAGCGUGGUUUCCAGCUGAUCAAUCCGACGGACAAGUGGUUCCCGGGAAUAAGCGAGCUGCGCACAAACUUUGCCUCCUGGGACUGGCGAUUCGGGAAGACUCCUGCCUUCUCGGUUCAGAAGACGAUCCAGACGAAGGUUGGAGCAGCCGGUGAAAGCUCGCAGCAGUCGCCAUCUCCUUACGACAUGAAGGUGAAGGUGGAUGUGGAAAAGGCACUCAUCAAAGAAAUCAGCCUGAUCCUGCCGAACCACGAGCCAAUUCCGGUGGUGUCGGACAUGGUCGGCAAACCGUACGAUGAGGAUUGCUUUCAUGGAAUUACCGAAGCUCUGAAGGGUGCCAAUACUGAGAGCAUGCGACACGCAAUGGGCUUAUGAAGCUUGGUGCUACCGGUGCAGAAGGCUCCUGCCAGUUCCUUCGCACCUAAUGGAGACGAUCAUGGCAGCGAUCGAUAACGACGAUGACGACAACUUCAUUCCGUUUUGUCAAUACUCUUUCUUUCUCUCUCACCGCUUCUCUGCCCCCUUACGCUUUGUGGUUGCAAUUGAUUAGGCCCCUAACGAAUUGGUACACUCCCGAGGGCUUGUCCGUUGCUAAUGCAUUGGAAACAAAGCGUAAACGAAUGCUAGACGACCAAUCGGACGAUGUGACAUAAUGACACACCUCUUGAACUUGCCCGGCAGCAAACAAAACCACGUCACACGACACUGGAUUGGAAAACAGGCAGAAGCUGAACACACCUUAGUGCUAUCGUGGUGUGUGAUGGUCGUAUCGAUCAUUCUAACUGAGGCUAGUCGACCUUGCCUUGUUGACGACCAGCGAGUACACCGUUGCUAAUCAGCUGGUUUUGUCGGAUUGGAAGGUUAGCGAGACGUGCAGAAAGGAACUGAAAAUUAUGUAUUCAACAACAAAACAGCCUUGCAACCCGUAGGGGACAGAAUAACAAAAUUAGCAAUACCUCUAGCACGUUGGGUCGGGUUUGCUGGAGCAACAAGUACGCAGGGGUGGGAUGAGUAAUUUGAAAAUCGAAAAUUUCCGAUUCUCCUCCUAGCAACUCACAGCAACAUUCACGUGCGUAAUGGUAUAGAGAGGAUCGGUGCUAUUUUUUUGAAAAAGAAUGUGAUGUUUUAGAUUAAAUUUGACCACACAGUGCCUACCUUUAGAAAGACUUUCACAAUCGUAAACGGUUUGAUGAUCACGAUCGCGCUGAUCUUUAUGAUGCAAAUCAGAACAAACUUUUACCAGACCCCCUUACGGUAGUUCGUUCGAGCACAGUCAUUUAUGUUAUUAUUAGGCACCUCACACGAUUAGUGAUGUUUACUCGUUGAUAAACGCCUACACGCGCCCAUUAGCGUGUGCCAUUAACAGCAACAAAAUUGACGACAAAGCGGUAAAGCUUAGGCAGAUGAUAAGCGGGAACGUAGGCUAUGUAGCAAGUAUUCAUCAUGAUCACGCUACAACUUAUUCACUAUCGAUAGGACGGCACAUAAAGUGUUAUUAUUCCUGUAUCGCGCAACAUUCUUGACGUUCGGUUUGAUAGCUUUUAGUUAGAUAGAUUGACUCUUUCUCAUCGGGUGCAUUGUUAUUUGUUGGGUGGACGAGGAACUUCCCGUCCAUUUCCAGUAGAUACCAAGUGCCGGAUGAUUCAAGGGAUACAUCAAGAAUACGAUCAUAUCAUCACUUCCGUUAGACCGGCUAGUCCUGGAUGACUUGGCUCCGUUUUCCCUUUUAGUUUAUCGCUUUGGCAUCAAAUUUUCGACUGAGGAAUUAGCUUUUUAAACGUUGUGCUUGUUAGGAUUAUGCUUUAUAGGUUCAUUCUUUUCCAUUUCUUGUAUUCAGGCGAUCAGAUGAUAUCUUAAUCAAUUCGGUUUACUUGUGCUUAACUUUCAAUUGUUCGGAAGUUGUAGAUGCACUGUUGCGAGGCUUUGCAAUGUCAGAAAGGGAGUUUAGGCUAGUUAAGCAAUCAAUUACCAGUUGUGGAUAGUCUAUAGAGAAACGUUAUAUACCAUGUAAGCAUACUUGUACUACGGUAAAGAAAACACAAUUCAAUAAAAAAGAAUAUACUUUAUUAAA